GAACGACUUAAAAUUUUGCAGAUUUCUACCCACUAGUACAAUACUCAUACAUGUAAAGUUAAAAAUCAUUCAAAAUGCUAAAGCAAACUGAUUUCUACCUCAUUCCAAGCACACGAGUGUAAAAGUCAAGAGAAAUUUUUGGAUCUUUGAUUCUCAACAUUGUUUGUUGCAUAAUAAAGUCUUUUGUUGAAACAUCUGGUUCAUGUAUGCUUGAUUUUAACUCCGCUUCGCUAAGUGCCAUUUCUUAAAUCAAAAUUUUCACAACUUUCAAGCUUUGGACUCUGUGCUUUGGAGACAGGACAACAGGACGUUGUGGUUAUAAGUGAUAUAAUGAGUCUGGGACCCCCUGAUAUUACACUCAGUAAAUUAAUAUCCCGGGGGGUGCAGGGCGAUCAAAGAUGGCGGCUGCCAGAAUACUGAGGGCAGUUGUAAAUAGCGCCGUUGUUGGAGGUGUAGUAUUCUCAGGCUGGGCGUUGAUGAAACUUCUCACUCCCAGUAAAGAACAAAUGAUGAAAGUGAGUAAUAAUUAUGAAAAAACAAGAUAUUUUAAAAUUUGUUUUGCUGUUUUUAACACCUGGCUGGUUGAACAGGAUUGGCCGAUCAGAUUGCCCUUGAAAAAGUAUCCUAUGCAGCAUCUGUUUUUUUAGGGAGGACUUGUGGACAGGAAUAUUCUGUUCUUUCCACCUGUUUGUUGUUCUACCACCCUAAUUUUGCUCCCCGCAAGUCCUCCCCCCAAAAACCAGCUGCUAAACAGGCUGUUGAAAACAUGACAGUUUCAUGAGCAUAGAGAAUGUUUUCAAUUUAUCUGCGACUGUUGAUCCCCAGAUGGGCGAACAAUAUUAAUAAAUGCAUUUCCUCAACAAUUUUUGUUAUUUUGAUUUGCAGAGGUUAUCGCUCGACCCAGAAGAACACAUGGCUUCGCACAAAAGGAAAACUGCACAACUGUAUGCCACUAUACAACAAAACAUAAACUCUCCUGAUCCAGUGUGGCAAAUCAAACCUUUACAAAUUGAAAGAACUGACAAUGACAUGACAUCAAGUGACAAGGCAGAUAUCUGAGGCAGAUAUGACAAUGCAAAGUCAAUUCCCGGUUGUGAUAGAUGUAAUACAAUGGUUCCUUCUCAGUGAGCUGUCACUGAAGAAGAAUACGGCAAACAAAACGUACAAGUAGAUUUUUGUGCAAAUUAAUAUAAGGAUUUCUAACAUAUUACAAGACAUACAAAUUUGCAAAACAGUCACAGUCAAAAUAUACGAACCUUCCACUUUUGCAAUUUCUUCCUACAGUGGUGGUUACAGAAUUAUAAAAUAUGUCGAUAAAAUUUCAUUAAUAUGCAAUGAUCUAAUGAAAAAUACAUUCUUCAUCAUAAAUAAUUAUGUAACAAACAUAGAAAACGUAUUUUUAUCAUAACUGCUACCAGAACAAAUUGAAGUGGGAAGGUUUCACUUUUUUUCAGUUAAUAUUUCUAUCACAGAUUAUAAUAUCAAACAGCUAGGUUAUUAUAUUAUCACAGAUUAUAAUAUCAAACAGGUUAUUAAUUAGUCACUCAAAACAACAUCUGAUGUUUGGAGAUGUAACCGUUAUGCCAUGGUAUUUGUAAUAUGUUAUCACCAAUUUGUAUAUGGAAUACCUACAGAAUGUUUUCAAAUAAAAGCAUUGUUAUUCUGGAAUUGGAAAAGAUUUAAUUAAAUUAUGAGAAAAACAUUUCGG